UGUUGUUGUGUACAAAGUUUACAAAGGUUGUUACUGUCCUUAGGGCCUGUUUGGAUAUGAAUUUUUUUUUCCAAAACGUUGUUUGGUUAUACAUUGGAAUGAUUUUUAAAAAUGAGUUUUUCAAAUUUUCAAGUUUGCAAAAUUGAUUGAAAAUGGUUUUUUCACUUAGAAAGCCUUCUUUCUUUUCUAGUAAAAUGCAUGUCUAAACACAACUUCAAUUUCCAAAUACCUUUUUUCAACUUCAAAUACUCUUUUUUCAAAUUUCAAUCAAUUCUAUGUGCAAAGUCCAAAUGCCUACUUACUUCCCCUAUAUGCAUGGGGUCUAAAUUGUUAUUUACCUUCUAUGUAUGUUAUGAUUAGGUGUAUAAAUAUAUGUUGAACUUAGUUAAGUGCCAUCACAUUUCUAUAUAGAGAAACUAUUUGUAAGUUAGGAAGCUAACACAUUAAUUUACAUCAAUGGUUUCUAUUUGGCAAGUUCUUGCAGUGAUAGUUGCAGUGCUAUACCCUGUUCAAGCAUUUCUCAACAUAUUCAUGAAAAAGAAAAAGAAACUUCCUCCAGGUCCUAAAGGGUUUCCAAUUAUAGGAAAUCUCCAUAUGGUAUUAGGCAAAAAUCUCCAUCAAGCUCUUCAUCAUAUAGCAAAAAAACAUGGUCCCAUAAUGAGUAUGCAAUUUGGUCUUGUUCCUGUAAUCGUUGCUUCAUCUCCUCAUGCAGCUGAACUAUUCUUAAAAAAACAUGAUAUUGCUUUUGCUAAUAGACCAUAUAAUGCAGCUGCUCAAUACAUUGCAUAUGAUCACAGAGAUAUAGUUUUCGCAAAAUAUGGACCUCAUUGGAGAAAUAUGCGAAAAUUGUGCAAGAUGAAAUUGCUUAGUAACAUCAAGAUCAAUUCAUUUCGAUCUAUGAGAAAACAAGAGCUUGGAAUAUUUGUGAAUUUUCUUAAACAAGCAGCUUCUAAUCGUGUUGAGGUUGAUCUUAGUGCUGACCUUGCCUCUCUAAUCGUGGAUAUGUCGUGUUUAAUGGUAUUUGGCAAGAAGUAUAUGGAAGAAGAGUUUGAUGAAAGGGGUUUUAAAAAUAUUUUUUAUGAGGCUUCAUUUUUAGUGGCAUCACCAAAUAUUGCUGAGUUCUUUCCUUUCCUUAGUGUGUUUGAUUUGCAGGGAUUUAUUGCUCGUAUGAAGGACUUGGCAAAGAUUUUUGAUGAAUUUUUUGAGAAAGUUAUUGAUGAGCAUGUUCAAUCCAAGGAGCAGAAUCAAGCUAAGGAUAUGGUUGAUACUAUGAUGACUAUUAUGCAAUCUGGAGAAGCUGAAUUCAAGAUUGACCGUCGCGAUGUCAAAGCUGUCUUGCUGGACUUGCUAUUAGCUUCAACAGACAAUGUAUCAAUUGCAAUUGACUGGAUUCUUUCUGAACUUUUAAGACACCCUAAGGUUAUGAAGAAACUACAAAUUGAGUUGGAACAAGCAGUUGGCAUAAAUAGAAUGGUGGAAGAGUCAGACUUGGAAAGGCUAGAGUACUUAGACAUGGUUAUAAGAGAAGGACUUAGGCUGCACCCCCCUUCAACACUACUGACACCUCAUGAAUCAAUUGAAGAUUGCAUAGUUGAUGGUUUUGAUAUACCUAAAGGUUCAAGACUUUUUGUAAAUGUGUGGGCGAUUGGAAGAGAUCCAGAAGCUUGGCCUGACCCCGAGAAGUUCAUGCCAGAAAGGUUCGUUGAUAGCAACAUUGAUCUUCGUGGGCAUGACUUUCAACUUUUACCAUUCGGCUCUGGCAGAAGAAGUUGCCCUGGAUUACAACUAGGGCUCACCAUCGUUCGCCUAGUGUUAGCACAAUUGGUUCAUUGCUUUGAUUGGGAGCUACCGAAUGUGUUUCUUCUGUUGCUUGGUUUACGUCACAUCAGUAUCCAACUUUUGUAAAAAAUGAUUAGAGUCUGUUGGCCAAUUCUCUGGUGACACAUUAGUUAUAUGCUUAUUGAGGGUAAAAAAGUACUGGUGGAUGGACCAACUAUGUGGUUGUUGCAAAAAGCAGGAUGAGGGGGAAAACCACUGGCGACUAUAUUUACUAAAAGCGGAAUGAGGGGAAAACUACUAGUGACUGUACUCCCCAUGGUCAUUAGUUGUUUCUUGCUCGCUUCAUCGAUGGAUCUUAUCAUUGAUCGAACAAAAGUGGUUAUCGAGCCUUGAUUGGUAGAAAUAUUUAAACGUCCUUCUAUUUCUCAAGUAUUCUUUCAUUUUCGCUAACAAAUAUGGAUUGAACUUAAUUAUUACGAAUAGUUGUUGUUAAGAUUUUCUAUGUGUAGAUUGGAACUUGUGAGUGUGA